UCAUUUUGAAUUGGAUUGGAAAUUGGUAAGGUGACGUCAAUCACCAGUCAGUGAUUUGAAUGAUUUUAUAUAUUUUAAUUAGAUGAUAGACGCACAGUUCACAGUUCCUCUGCAGACGGUUUAGUGUAAAACUACAUAAGUGUUAUUUUUUGAAUAACAGUAACUUGUAAGUUUUUAAUAUGGAGUCUUCGCCGGAUAUUACAACCCCCGAACCUGAGAGUUCUACGGCUAGUAAUACCUUUUUUGAACUCAUAUACAGCCCCGUGAACAUACUUCUUACUGUUAUUAUUAUAGUGUUAGUGUAUAAACUAUUUAAAAGCAAGUCUACCAAAGUUGCUGCGGUGUUGCCGGAGCUUCCAAAACUACGUAAAGAUAUGACUGUUGCGGAAUUACGGCAGUAUGAUGGUUCUCAGCCCGAUGGACGAGUACUAGUAGCGGUAAAUGGCUGGAUUUUCGACGUUACCCGAGGCCGUCGUUUCUAUGGUCCCGGUGGUCCAUACGCUGCUUUUGGCGGUAAAGAUGCAUCCAGAGGACUUGCAACAUUUUCUGUUACAUCAUCAGACAAGGAAUAUGAUGACCUCAGUGAUCUCAACUCAAUGGAAAUGGACUCUGUGAAAGAAUGGGAAGCACAGUUCAGAGAAAAAUAUGAACUGGUUGGCAAACUUCUUAAACCCGGCGAAGAACCUACGAGUUACUCAGACGAGGAAGUAGAGGAGUCCGAUGCUGAGAAGAAGAAAGAGAAGUGAAGAGAAAGAGUCCCGAAUUCGGCUCCACGGCACGCCAGACUCGACUCUAAAUACGAUCCUUUAAAAAUGUAUUUAUUAUUAUUUUUUUAUAUUUUGAUAAAAGCUUUGCUAAGCAAAAAACUAUCGUAGACUGAUAACCAUUCUAACUGUAUGUAUCGCCUAAAUAUUAUGUUUGUUUUGUCAAAAAAAAAUCUGAAAUAGUUAUAAAGCGCAUUUACAUUUGUUAUCAUGUUCUACUCGGUGUUAUUUUAUUGAUAAUUUUUCUUUAGGUUUCACGAAAUUGAUUUGGUGAAGUUUUAAUAAUUUUUUUUCUCCAAUGGUUUAAAUAUAUUGCAGAAAUAAAAACAAGUUAGUGUCAGUGCAUUGAUUUGGUAACAUGAAGCUUUCUCACCUACUUUGAGAAGUGUUUAGGCCCUUUAAUUUAACAUUGUUAAUUUUUUUUUACGUUUUAUAAGCUAGCGCUUGACCACGAUUCCACCUGGUGAAGUGGAAAUUUGGUCGAAAGAUGGUACGCGCUAGCUUAGUAAGCCUAUUCACUCUUCUUUAAAUGCUUUUUGCACUUUUGUAUGUAUUAUAUAAAUGUGUAAAUGAAUAAGACUGAAUGUUGGUGUAAAUGUGCGCUGAACGCUGAACUAAAACUAAGAAAAUGCUAAAGCACAUUCCUAAUUUUGUUUGAAUGAAAAAAAAUAUUACGGCUUAUUUGAAAAUUUAUGUCUAUAUGUGGCAGAAUGCAACAUAACAUUAUUUUUAUAUCAAAAAUGGAAAUGUAAAUUCUGUAAGUAUAUUUGUCCCUCUUUUACGCAUGACUUUUCAAUGUCCUUUCUCUUUUGAGCUGUCAAAAUGAGCGUCGAAUUUAUUUUUAAAUUAAUUCCUAUUUGAAUUCAAUUUCAUUUUAUGUAUUAUAUACAAAAAAAAUCCUCUAUAGAGUCAACUUUUAUGAUCAAACUAUUUUGUGUGAUCUAAUUUUUUUGUUUGCUAAAAUGUAUCAUGAGGCUAUGUAAUCUGCGAGUAGAAAUUGUUUUUGUCUAUUUUUGGUACUUAAUGUCUAGACAUUUAUUGGUUUAAGUCAGUAAAAAAAAUUAUGUGCAUAAUAUAAAACAUGUAAAGUUUGAGAGAUUCUGAAUCUUGAAUUGUGUUGAAUGUGUGGGUUGUGUGAAUUGUUAAUCCUUUUGUUUUUUACGUUAAAUAUAGUUUAUUAAUCGGCGUAAGCAAAGUGAAAAGGUCCUAAAAUGUAAUGUUUUUUAUCAUAAAAUGAUUUAUUUUACUGUAAACCAGUGAGUAAUGUACCUUGUAUGUAACCUUGUUGGAAAUUUUUAAGGUCAAUUUAACUUAUGUUUUAUUUAUUUUAUUUUUGUUUUAUAUUUCAGACAUAAAAUACACGGAUAUUAAUUUUACGAUUACAAUCAUUUUCUGAUUUGCAUACGCCGACGUAUUGUAAGUGCUAUAUACAUGUAAAUAUUGAAGGCAUUUAUGUAUCUUACGUAGAUUUUAA